CUAGUUUGCUGUGAACUUAAAAUCUUUUUCCAUUUCCCAUAUACUCCUCAAGUAAAGCUUAAAAUUGAAAAAUACUUAUAAAAAAAGCUUAAACAUGGUGACUUGGCUUCUUGGUUUUUCUGAACAUAUCUGAUUUGUCUGAAAACCUCAUGAUAUCUUUAGCAACCAUUAAUAAUUAGGAUUCAGAAUAUCACACAUUGAUCAACCAAUGAGAGAUUCAACAUCAUAAAUUAUGUUGCUACUUUCCCCAUUAUAAAAAGCUUGGUUGGUGGUUGAGGUUAAGGAUUAUCGCCCUAUUAGCUUGGUGAGUGGGAUGUAUAAAAUCAUCUCAAAAGUCUUGGCUAACGUUAAGCAUGGUGGUGGAGAAAGUAAUAUCAAGACCCCAAGAUGCCUUUGUGAAGGGGAGGCAAAAACUCGAUGCGGUGCUUAUUGCCAACGAAUGUCUGGAUAAUAGACUCAAGUUGGGAGAGCCAGGGCUUCUUUGCAAACUAGACAUGGAAAAGGCCUAUAAUAGAGUCAAUUGGAGCUUCUUACUCUAUAUGCUAGAGAGAUUUGGUUUUGGGAUGAAGUGGUGCUCAUGGAUCAAACAUUUCAUCUCUACGCUAGGAUAUGGAUCAUAUCCAUUCAUUGAGGGCUCUCCUUCUAUGCUUCAAAGUCAUUUCCGGUUUGAAGGUGAACUUGGGCAAAUCAGAGGUAGUUCUGGUGGGCAUGUACACAAUGUGGAUAGUAUGACUACUAUUUUGGGAUGUAAGAUUUCUCAUCUACCUAUGAAAUAUCUUGGCCUCCCGUUGGGUGCUCAUUACAAAUCGAUAUCCAUUUGGAAUGAUGUACUAGAAAAGAUGGAGCGGAAACUUGCUAGUUGGAAGCAGAUGUACUUAUCCAAAGGUGGUAGAGUUACACUUAUCAAAGUACCCUCUCCAACCUAUUGACUUAUUGCCUCUGUUUAUUUCCGCUUCCAUCGAAGAUGGCUAAGUGCAUGGAGAAAAUAAAGCGGGAUUUUCUAUGGGGAGGGAUGAAUGAUGCGUUCAAAUUUCAUCUGGUAGAAUGGGCCACCAUUUGUUUGGAUUGUUCCCCAAUUUCCGAAGGAGGUUGGGGUAUCCGCAAUUUGCAGCUUUUUAACAAGGCGUUGUUGGGCAAAUGGCUAUGGAGGUAUCCCAUAGAACAUGGAGGUUUGUGGAGAACAAUUUUAGACUCAAAGUAUGGUAGAGUAUGGGGAGGUUGGUGCUUGACUGAGGUGAGUGGAUCCUAUGGGGUGGGACUCUAGAAGCACAUUCAACGUGGAUGGACUGAAUUUUCUAGAUUUACCUGUUUGAGGAGGGUGACGGGUCCCGAAUCAAAAUCUGGUAUGACAUGAGGUGUGGUGACAGGGCACUUAAGGAAGCUUAUUUCGACUUCUUUGGUAUAGCAAGAAUUAAGGAAGCCUCGAUUGUGGACCUCCUUGACCAAUCUAACGGUACUCCCCAAUGGAAUAUCACAUUUCUUAGAGCUGUCCAUGAUCGGGAAGUUGAAGCAAUUUCUGAAUCUUACAA